CACGCAAAACAAUUCGCCCUCCUCUGGAGAUUCUCCAAAUCAUCGAAAUGUGUUGUUGCAUUUGAGAUGCUUUAACGUAAUGAUCGGGAAUAUUCAUGACUUACGGUGCACAAGUCACUGUUUUAAGCAGCACCACUUCUAAUGAAAUGAGAUGAAACGCCAUUUCUGCGCGACGCCUAACUUUGAUGCACAUGAGCUGGACAUACCGGACCAGCAUUCCAGAUUGCUCGAAGCCCCCGACCUCAUAAUACAACUUAACACUUUUUGUGCAGAGUAGUGGAAAACUGGUGAAUCUCGGGGUCCAACACAAAAGGAAAAUGUCGGAGACGAAAACAAAAGGGCGGACUGCGUGAAGUAAAACAAACAGCCUCCGUUCACAAAAAAAACCUGUUUUGCAACAACAUUGUUAUAAAACUAGGCUUGCAUAAGACGCCCGCCCCGCUAGUAGUUGCAUAAAUAAGAGUUGACGCAGAAGAGGGUCUGAGACUGCUAAACAUCAGUCCGAAUUUUGGAACUUCGUGAAUGAAAGAAAAAUAAUAAUGGCUAAGCAAGAUUUUGGGAGAAUUGCGAUUAUGCUUCUUGCAUUUGUGAUCUAUAUUAUUAUGCUUGUCUUCAGUCAACUUUCAUCCUCAGGCAUUUCCAAUGGCAUUUUUUUGCAGACAAUUGGUAAUGUAUCAGAAAAGUAUGCUACAGAUGUUACACCAGCUAAAUGGGCAUUUUCUAUUUGGGGAGUCAUUUUUGCCUGGCAGAUUCUGUGGUUCAUCUACAUGUUCACUGGUUUUUGUAGAAGGAAUGUUUAUAACUGGAUGUAUUCUGGACCCAUCUUGUCUUAUGGAUUUUACAUAUCCUGGAUUAUUAACAAUCUUCUACUCAUAUCAUGGCUGUUUCUGUGGGACAGAGAGCAAUUGAUUGCAGCACUUAUUUUCUUAUGUUGGAUUACCUUUACUGGAUACAUUGUUCUUUUUUUCUCAUAUCGUGGUGUACAUGCCCGUAUUGAGGAACUACAAGCAUACCAUAAGUCCGAUUUGUGGCUUUUAAGGAUACUGGUUCAUAAUGGUGUGGCUGCCUAUAUAACCUGGACAACAAUAGCAACUUUGAUUAACUUUGCUGUUGUCUUGACAUAUGUUGGGGAAGUGUCAAGAUCAACAGCUGCUACUGUGUGCCUGUCAGUCCUCUUGAUUGAAGUCAUUGCAUGGUUUGUGGUGGAAAAUUUCUUCCUAGAUAAAUAUGUGCGUUACACACUUACCAUCUAUCCUGUUGUAAUUCUGGCUUUAUCAGGAAAUAUUGCAAAAAAUUUCAAGCCAGACUCACCAGGCACAAAUGGGAUUUUUUAUGCUGUGUUGCUAGGAAUUGCCUCAACAUUAUUUCUUCUACGUAUUUUGCUAGUGUUGUGGAAACAUUUGAAGCCGCAACCUGGGGUUAAGUCUGAAAACACCGUUAAUUAUUAAGAAAGUUCUUUUAGCCAGUCCAGCUUUCUUUAAUGCUGUUCUCAUAUUGCUGUUCACUAAAGGAUUCCAAGAUACACUUGUUUAAAUAAUAGCAUUCUGCAAGCCCACUGGAAUGUUGUCAGUUUUGUUCAUAUAAAUAAUGAAGUGCCGUUUCAUUCUCUGCAGAAUAAAUUUUCUGCAAAACAAGUCAAAGCAUAACAUGAGUCUCAGAGGGCAGCCAAAGGAGCAACAGUAAACCCUGCCACUGCAAGACCAGUACAGGUAAAAUGUGGCAUCUCCACUCCUGUUGGCAUUAUAUGCAGUAUAAUUGUACUAGUCAAUCGACUGCAUCACUAGUAUUUACAACUAUUUAAUAUAUUGACUAAUGUACCAAAGUUUUAUAUUAACUAUUUUAUGCUGUAUUGUGUAGGAUUUAUAAUUCCAUUGUGCAUUUUUAAUGAACUGACAUAAAGCUGUUCUGUAUUAAGUGGGUAACAAUACCUUCUAAACUAAAAUGUAUUAUUUGAAGUCUUUGUAUAAUAAAAACAAAAUAUACUGGUC